AUGACAAUUUCAUGCGAGUUGUCACUGCCAUUUGUUGGCAACUGGUGGCAAACAGACGAGAUUCCGAGCUGGUUUGCCUCUUCCACGAUAUUCUACAAUAUAGCGAUCUUUAACAGGAACCACGAUACCAAGUACACAGACCUAACACGACGACCAUCGCUACCACUGAAAGGCUGUGGCCCGUUUGAACGCGAACCUAUUAUAGGUGAUCUCUACAACGCAGACGACAUCAGGUGUUUGGGGAACGACGAAGAGGAAGAUGCUAUUUUCCUCUUCGAAAUCGCGCCGGACGAGAUACGACAGAUACGUCAAUCACAACGAAAAAGCAAAGCAAAUCAGCUGCGUAUCAAGAAAUGGCUGAAGCUCCCACGACGGAUCCCAGAGGCAAGGACGAAUCCCACUGUAAGAGACAAGCUACGUCACGAUAUGGUGACAGCAUUCGUUAUGUUUUUCGAUCUCUUUACAGAGAAGGAACUGGAAAUGCUCUGGGAGAUACUUCUGUAUUUGAAGCUUGACGACAAGCACCUGGACCCGAAAGACCAGUGGAUGAUCAAGAUGCCCGAAUCGCGAGUUUGCUGCUGGGCCAUGGAGCAUCUGUACGGCGAACGAUAUACAUUGGUCUCAACCUACUCAUGGCCAGCCGAGUUCAUGCGACAGGGGGACACAGCAAAACGGAUUCUAGAGGAGGCUGUCCCCUUGAACCAGCAGAACGAGCAUGGUCAGACCUCUGUUACGCCUUAUUUACAACUGCAGGAACCAAACAGGCUAGAGGGUGGUAGGACGACGGAUACUGUGGAGGAUGUCCUCGAAGCGGCUGCGCACCGUGUAAUGCGCCGACACAAUGCGACGAAUCCAGCAGAGAUUCCAUCAUACGAUUCAGACAUGGUCCACGAGCUUGCAGAGAUGGUCUUGGAGCGAAUACGUAUGGAGCAGUGGGCGGAGAGAAUGAUGGUGAGGGGAAUGAAGAUUCUGAUCGACGAAGGAUAUCGGUUUGACGAAGAGACACAGCAAGCCUUAUUGCGAGAACAGGGUUUAGAGUAACGAACCAGAGUACAAGGAAUCGAGAGACUGGCCCGAACUUCAACCAGAUACUCCAGUUCUUUCUAUCCGGAGAGUUGCUAGAGAACGUAAACCACUUACCAUACUCCGUGCGGUUCUGGUUCUA